AUGCCCCACUUCCCAAACACCUUCAAUGCCAUGGACCCGUACAGCACGUACGGGUCCGGCACGGCGCGCCGCGCCGCGCGCGAGACGGUCGCGCGGUUCCAGUCGCCGGCGGUCACGCUUCGCACUGCUGCGGAGCGUGGUGCCGCGCGUGUCAACAAUGCCCUCUGCUCGAGCGACUGGAGCGGCGUCACGCCGCUCGAGGUGAACCUCUACAUCACGCACCAGGUGCUCCUUGAGCGCGACGAGGAGCGUGACGCUGGUGUCAGGCAUUACGACUUUGACACCUUCGAGGCAGCGCGCAUGGAGCGCUUUGGUGCGGCCUUGAUCUGGGCCCAGAAUGCUCCAGUUGACAUCGACAUGACGGCCGCUCUCGGUCUCUGCCUCAUGGCGCUGCAGCACACGCACACCGAGGUGUUCGAUUGGCCCCAGGAGAAGUCGGUGCCCUACAAUGCUUCUGUGCUCGGCCCCUACAUGUUCGUCGAGUGGUGGAACUAG